CCACGGUUACCGCUAACCAAUGGUAUUCUCAAAGUAAAGGCAAAGAAAUUCGAAGUCCCUGCCCAUCUGAAUGUUUGCCAAACUGGUUUCUACUGACACAAAAUAAAACCAGAUGUCAAGUACCUCUUGUUUUCUCCUCCCUAAUCCCGUCCUGCUGCAGCUGUACUCCUCUCUUAACUCCUCUCUCGCUUGUUUACUCUGAUUUUUGCAGCAAAAAUGGCCACAGCUGGAAAGGUCAUCAAGUGCAAGGCAGCAGUGGCCUGGGAACCCAACAAGCCUUUGGUGAUUGAGGAGGUUGAGGUGGCCCCGCCCCAGGCCAAUGAGAUACGCAUGAAGAUUGUGGCGACUGCAGUGUGCCAUUCGGACUUGUACCACCUUUUUGAAAGGAUGCAUAAAGACGGCUUCCCAGUAGUCCUCGGCCACGAGGCAGCCGGCAUCGUAGAGAGCGUCGGGCCUGGAGUCACUGAAUAUCAGCCAGGAGACAAGGUUAUCCCUCUGUUCCUCACCCAGUGUAGAGAAUGUCGCUUCUGUAAGAGUCCAAAGACGAACCAAUGUGACAUGGGAUGGGCUACUGAUCGUUUCGAUGCAAUGUCACCGUCAGAGUCCAGGUUUACCUGUAAGGGGAAGAAGGUGCUGCAGUUUACAGGAACCAGUACCUUCUCUGAGUACACUGUGGUUAACCAGAUGGCUGUGGCUAAGAUCGACCCCGCUGCCCCUCUGGACAAAGUCUGUCUCCUUGGGUGUGGGGUCAGCACAGGAUAUGGAGCAGCAGUUAAUACUGCUAAGGUGGAACCGGGCUCCACAUGUGCUGUGUUUGGUCUGGGAGCUGUGGGUUUGGCUGCAGUCAUGGGCUGCAAGGUUGCAGGAGCCAAGAGGAUUAUUGCCGUUGACAUCAAUCCAGAGAAGUUUGAGAAGGCCAAGGUGUUCGGCGCGACCGACUUUGUGAACCCCAAGGAUCACAGUAAACCCAUCAACCAGGUGCUGUCUGACAUGACUGACGGAGGAGUGGACUUCUCCCUGGAAUGUGUCGGGAAUGUGGGAGUCAUGCGCAGUGCCUUGGAGUCUUGUGUUAAAGGUUGGGGUGUUAGUGUGCUGGUUGGCUGGACAGACCUGUACGAUGUUGCUACUCGGCCCAUUCAACUAAUCGGUGGACGGACAUGGAAGGGCUCCACAUUUGGAGGCUUUAAGGGUAGGGAAGGCGUGCCUCAGAUGGUUAAAGCCUAUCUGGACAAGAAGGUGAAGCUGGAUGAAUUCAUCACUCACAACAUGACUUUGGACCAGGUCAAUGAUGCCAUUGAGCUGAUGAAGCGUGGUGAAUGCAUCCGGACGGUCCUGAAUGUUUCUCCACAAUAAGACCGCUGUGUCGCUUUUAGUGACACUCAACACUAUUCAGUGGAUUAUCAUCAGUUUUCAUAUAACAAAAGCUGUUGAAAUUACUAUUCCAAUAUACAGCAAGUCCAACUAUAAUAAAAUUGCAUUUUUGUGUGCUACAGCAUAUCGGCUCUAUAAAUCAAUUGUCGAAACCAAAAGGGAGAAAUUUAUAUUUUCUUUUGGUUUCAUGAUGGCGCCCUGUAGUUUUGCAUUAACAACACAGAUAAAUUAAUCUGCUCAUUUCUCUUUUAUUUUGGUUCCACAGCAUCCGGACGGUCCUGAAUGUUUCUCCAAAAAUGAGACCGCUGUGUUGCUUUCAAUGACCCCAAAGUAAUUCAGUAAUUUACCACGGUAUCCUACAAAAUCUCACAAAUAACACACAUAAUAAAGCAAUCUUUCAAAUGAUGCACACUACGAUUUUUUUACAUGCAUAUUGCUCACAAGCUGAACAUAUCAAAAUAAAAUAAAUGAUUUAAACCGA